GAAUGAAUCUGGAAGUAGUGCAAAAUCCGUGAACCUGAACGAUUUUGAAAAGAUGACUGUCAGUGUCACUGGAAGUAAUCGCGAUCGAUUUGAAGUAACAGAAACAGCAGACUAAUCAUUCUAGUUCUUGAUGUUCUUUUGGAUCAAUUUGGGCAGCACGACCACCGGUUUCACACAAUUUAUUUGAGGUAUUGGGUCAACAGCAAUUUCUGCACUCAUUAGGCUGUUUUCGAGGGAGAGUCUCAUUUGUUCUUGUGGUGGAUGUGUGAUAGCGCUUCUUGGUAUUGCUCCUUAUCUCCACAGUGUGCUUUACAUUGCGAGACAGAAUUCCUAAUAUUUUUCUUGUUUGGACGCUAACACAUCUGUAUUUUGCAAGAAAAAGAUAUAUUCAGUCUAAUACGUAGUGGUCGAAACAAAAUGCAUUCUAGUCGUGUGCAGCUUUUUCAUAGGGCGAGCAGCUUUGGCUCCGCCAGAAGAGCGCUCCAUCAUGGAUUAACGAGUAGUGCAUCUCCGGCGGCAUCCGGACGAGCCGUGGCGUCAUCAUGCGGUUUCUCCAGCAGUCGCACUUACGCUUCAAAAAACGAGGCAUGCUCCACAAGGUUUUCAGGUCUUAGUACUCCAUCAAUGGGCCAAUGGUCUAUGGCGUCUACAGCACCAAGUCCAAGUCAUAGCAGUGUUACAACAACAUCGCUACACAGUAGAAGUUUUACUUCCAGUGCAAUUAUUAGCCCAACGACAAAGUCAACAUCAUCUUCCCUAUCACAAAUACCUGGAAUUACAAAUUAUCGACUGACAACCUCUAGUAGCCGUAGCCUAGAUCAUACAUCAAGAAGGCAUCGAGGGAGCCAUCUUCGGUAUCAGGUGAGAUGGCACGGGCAUGGACCGGAAGACCCAAACGCGGAAAAGAUUCCGCUAGUUUUCCUACAACCAGAUGGGUCAGAAAGACAUGUGAAGGCAACGGUAGGAAAGUCACUGCUUGAGGUAGCACACGCAAACGACAUUCCCAUAGAGGGAGCAUGCGAGGGGUCUCUAGCGUGCUCGACUUGCCACGUAAUUCUCUCCGACAAGCUCUACAAGAAACUGGACUGUAUGGCAGCAAGGAAGUAAAUCUAUUUUUGGUCAGUUGUCACUCAAGACUUUUACUAACGUAGCUACUUGAAUAUACAUGAAUGUGAUGGUAUUGAAUCACCUUCACCAUUCACCAAACAAGCAGAAGAAUUCACUUUCUAAUUACAUUCCAAACCUAUCGCUACCCGAAUUCGAAUAGACUUUAUUUGAAGACCCGGCUGCAACGUACCACCCCCGCGUGUGUUUCCUGGUCCCAAUUUUCCUUUCCUUUCUUUUUUCUUCAUACCUGUUCCGACCGAAGACGAAGAAGACAUGCUAGAUUUGGCGCCGGAACUAACAGAAACGUCGCGGCUGGGUUGCCAAUGCAUCGUCUCGAAAAAGUUGUAUGAGAAUGAGGUAGUAACGUUGCCAAGCCAUACCUUGAACUUCUACGUGGAUGGUCAUAAGCCGGUGGGACACUGAUAGCGUAAAUGAAUGCGAAAAACUGCAUGAUCAUGUAACUCAUCACAAUGCGAUGUUGCUGGUAAGCCACUUUGUUGAUAACAUACAACUGUUGACCCCUUGCCAUUGUUCGACAAUCAUCGUCGUUGCUAGCACAGCCUUUUCCUUCUUAGAUAGGCUGAGUUUCCACCUCUUGUCAUCUUUAUCCAUUGGAUUCGCUCCUGUACCCCUUCUGGAUUUUUUUGAUCUUCCCAAAUCCUAUGGAUGCCCGCAUAUCACGCUGCUCUACCUGCCUAAAAAGAACCUUGCGACGCUGCAGGUGCCGUACCUAAGGCGACAAUCGUCUCCACGUGAUGAAGUUACGUAAUUAGCAC